CCGGGGGUUGGAGUUGAAGUGCCGGGCCGGGUUUGGCCCACGGUGGAUGCGAAGGGUAGCGUUCGCCUUCGCGCGCGCGGCGUCAGGGGUGAAGCAGCUCCAAGCGCGGCGAGUCAUUGGCAGCCACCGUCGCUGUAACGGUGCGGGUCACCCAAAAGCCAGCUCCCGACGGACCGUCAUCGAGCCCCUUCUGUGCCACUCUGUCGCACUUCCAUCAACAGGCAUGCCUGGCAGGGCCAAAGCCUCGUCUGUCUGCGGCCCCGACCAGCCACAGGACUUGGAGAGCAGCCGUGGGGCUAAAGCCGGCGCCGUCCAGGAAGAGCCUGAGGGGGGAGGAGAAGGAGGCGCUGCUGCUGUCGCCGACUGCGGACAUAGCCCCAACCUGGGGGAUCCGGAGAUUAUCAAGUCUCCCAGUGAUCCCAAACAGUACAGAUACAUCAAGCUACAAAAUGGCUUAUGUGCUCUGCUGAUUUCGGAUUUGAAUAACCCAGACGGUAGCCCUUGUGCAGCAUCUUCAGAGGGAGAAGAGGAGGAGGAGUCUGAGGAAUGCACGGAUGAGGAUGAUGAUUCUGGAGCAGAAAUAGAAGAUGAUCAGGAAGGAUAUGAUGAUGACGGUGGUGAAUAUGAUGAUGAUCUUGAUGACACUGACAGUGAGUUGGAAGAGCUGGCAGAUAAAGAGGAGACCAGAAAGAGAAACUGUACAGAAAAGCAGUCUGCAGCUGCACUUUGUGUAGGCGUUGGCAGUUUCUGCGACCCUGAAGAUCUGCCUGGGUUGGCACAUUUUCUGGAACAUAUGGUUUUUAUGGGCAGCUCAAAAUAUCCGGAUGAGAAUGGGUUUGAUGCAUUUCUGAAGAAGCACGGGGGCAGUGAUAAUGCCUCAACAGAUUGUGAGCGGACAGUCUUCCAGUUUGAUGUACAGAGGAAGUAUUUCAAGGAAGCCCUUGACAGGUGGGCACAAUUUUUUAUUCACCCUUUAAUGAUUCAGGAUGCAAUUGACCGGGAAGUUGAGGCUGUGGACAGUGAAUAUCAGCUUGCAAGGCCCUCUGAUACAAACCGAAGAGAAAUGUUGUUUGGAAGUCUUGCCAAGACUGGCCAUCCUAUGAAGAAGUUCUUCUGGGGUAAUGCAGACACUCUUAAACAUAACCCCAAGCAAAAUGGCAUUGAUACCUACACCAGGCUGAGGGAAUUCUGGCAGCGCUAUUACUCUGCUCACUAUAUGACUUUAGUUGUGCAGUCCAAAGAAACUUUGGAUAUUCUGGAAAAAUGGGUGACAGAAAUCUUCUCGGAAAUCCCUAAUAAUGAUUUAUCUAGACCAGUGUUUAGCCACCUGACAGAGCCUUUUGACACACCUGAUUUUCACAAACUUUAUAGAGUUGUUCCAAUCAGAAAGACACACUCUUUGAACAUCACUUGGGCCCUUCCUCCACAAGAUCAGUAUUACAGAGUAAAGCCACUUCAUUAUAUUUCCUGGCUGGUUGGACAUGAAGGCAAAGGCAGUGUUCUUUCAUUUCUUAGAAAAAAAUUCUGGGCACUUGCAUUAUAUGGAGGAAAUGGUGAGACAGGAUUUGAGCAGAAUUCCACAUAUUCAGUCUUCAGUAUCUGUGUGACUCUGACCGAUGAAGGUUACAAGCAUUUCUAUGAGGUUGCUCAUGUUGUGUUCCAGUAUUUGAAAAUGUUGCAGAAAACAGGACCAGAUCAAAGAAUAUGGGAAGAGAUCCAGAAGAUUGAAGCUAAUGAAUUUCAUUAUCAAGAACAGACUGAUCCAGUUGAGUAUGUGGAAAGCCUUUGUGAAAAUAUGCAGUUGUUUCCAAAAGAGGACAUUCUGACAGGAGACCAGCUUCUAUUUGAAUACAAGCCAGAGUCAAUUGCUGAGGCUCUUAAAGAGCUGUGUCCCCAGCGAGCCAACCUUAUUCUAUUAUCUGCUUCCAAUGAAGGCCAGUGUCAUCUGAAGGAGAAGUGGUUUGGCACACAAUACAGCAUUGAAGAUAUAGAUAAACACUGGAGUGAUAUGUGGGCUAGUGACUUCAUGUUAAAUCCAGACUUGCACAUGCCUGAAGAAAACAGAUAUAUUGCAACAGAUUUUGCUUUGAAGGUCCCUGACUGUCCACAGACAGAAUAUCCAGUCAGUAUACUGAGUACCCAGCAAGGUUGUUUGUGGUAUAAGAAGGAUGAUAAAUUCAAAAUCCCUAAAGCUUAUAUCCGCUUCCAUCUAAUCUCACCGCUGAUCCAACAGUCUCCCGAGAAUGUGGUGCUUUUUGAUACAUUUGUGAACAUCUUUGCGCACAACCUUGCUGAACCUGCUUAUGAAGCAGAUGUUGCCCAGUUGGAAUACAAGCUGUUAGCAGGAGAGCAUGGAUUGAUCAUUCGUGUGAAAGGAUUCAAUCAUAAGCUAUCUCUGCUGUUUCAACUCAUCAUUGACCACUUAGCUGACUUCAGUUUUACUCCAGAGGUUUUUGAAAUGAUAACUGAGCAGCUGAAGAAGACUUACUUCAACAUCCUCAUCAAACCAGAGACACUGGCCAAAGAUAUACGCCUCUUAAUACUGGAACACGGCAGGUGGUCUAUGAUGGACAAAUAUGAAACACUAAUGAAGGGCCUUUCCAUUGAUUCUCUCUUGCUGUUUGUGAAGGCUUUCAAAUCUCAGCUCUUUGCAGAGGGCCUUGUCCAAGGAAAUUUCACAAGCAGUGAAUCAAAAGAAUUUCUGGAUUAUGUUGUUGAAAAACUGCAGUUCCUUCCUCAAGUGCACCCAUGUCCAGUACAGUUUCAAGUGAUGGACAUGCCAAGUGCUCAUCUGCUGUGCAAAGUGAAAACCCUUAACAAAGGCGAUGCAAAUUCAGAAGUGACUGUCUAUUACCAGUCUGGAGCCCGGAGUUUAAGAGAAUAUUCUCUCAUGGAAUUGCUUGUGAUGUACAUGGAAGAACCUUGUUUUGACUUUCUGCGUACCAAGCAAACCUUAGGAUACCACGUGUAUCCAACUUGCAGGAAUACAUCUGGGAUUCUUGGCUUCUCUGUUACUGUAGCAACGCAGGCAACCAAAUACAACUCUGAACUAGUGGAUAGGAAGAUAGAAGAAUUUCUUUCAUGCUUUGAGGAAAAACUGAAGCAGUUGACAGAGGAAGCUUUCAAUACACAGGUCACAGCUCUUAUUAAAUUAAAAGAAUGCGAAGAUUCCCAUCUGGGUGAGGAGGUGGAUAGGAAUUGGACAGAAGUAGUGACUCAGCAAUAUUUGUUUGACAGACUAGUCCGGGAGAUUGAAGCUCUCAAAUCCCUCUCUCGAUCAGAACUAGUUGAUUGGUUCCUAAUACACAGAGGCAAAGAGAGGAAAGUACUGAGUGUACAUGUGGUUGGAUUUGGAAAACACGAAGGCGAUGCAGACACUUCAGCCCCUCCAAGUAUUCACAGUCCCUCUUGCAGUGAAAUACCUCACCUUUCUUUCAUGGAUGCUGUUUCUUUGACUGAUGUUACUUGUAUCAAGGACAUCAAAGUGUAUACAUCAGCUCUCAAUGUUCUUCCAUACCAUAAGAUAUUAAAGUAACUCUUCAGACUGCCAUAGAAGGUUUAGUACAGCUUCACUACAGCAUACUUGGAGUGGUUCAGCAAAACACCUUUUAAAAAACUAACCACUGCCUUAAGUAACAUUGGUUUAGGUCUCUGGUUUACCAUGCUUACUGAAAAAUGUGUAACUGAAUACCUGCUACAUUAAAUAAUCAAACACAAGCAUUUUUUAAAAAGAAGCAAGGUAUGCAUAAGUAGGAAUGUUCUUGGUAAAUAGUAGAAAGAUGCAACAGAGGAGGAUUAAAAAGCUGCAUAAAGAACUAAAUCUGCCAGCAACCUGACUUGGGUGGACACGCAUGUAUGGACAAGACUAUCUUGGGCAUGGCAGGCUUCAGCUUAUUUGUGUGUGUCAUUUUAGGUUAAGGCAGCGUUUUAAACUUUCUCCAGAAAAUGCUAUUGGACUAAAAAAUUAAUAAGCUGUCUAUAUGUAAUAAUUUACCACUCAGAACAUUACAGGUGAUAGAAAGGGUGCCUGAGAUCAUCACAGGCAUCAUCUGCAUAAGGAAGUUCAAUAUAAGUGCUCCAAGAGCUAUCAUGUGCAAUAAAUUAAGAGUUGUUGGUCUUUUUUGUGUGUAGGUUGUUACACUGUAGAGGCUAUAAAAAGAAAUCUACCUCUUAAAUAACUUCAGCCCUCGUGGUUAUAGCUUAGAAGAGCCCCAUGUGUUUUAUUCACUAAAGCAAGUAUUCAAAUGGGGAUUUGACUGUCACUUUCAACAGGCCUGCACUGAGAUUCACAGAUACAUGCUUCCCUUUUAAAGCACAACGAGACUUAAAUCAAAACAACCAAACAUGAGUUUCUGCAGCCUUUCACGCUUUUCUUGGAGAAGCAUCUGGGCAAUCAGAGCAUACCAUUAGUCAUUCUAUGUAGUCAUAUAACAAUGAACAAAUUUUGGGAUCAGUUUUGCUAGAAGGGGUCCUAAGCUUUCAUAGGACAGUUCUUUCAGCAUACAUCAGUGAUUGCAUCUAUUGUUCCCUAUUAGAAACCCAGUGAUUAAAGCUUACUGUAUGUGUCUUUAAUUUGUAGGCACAGAAAUGGUAGGAAACAUCAGAGCUUCAUACUUCUCCCAGGAGAGACCACAGAACUUAAUUAUAACCCUUUUUAUAGACACAGUCUUUGUAUUUUCUUGGACAUAAUUCUGCAGGGAGAAAUAUGCAUGAAGUACAUCAAGAUUUUUUUUUUGGAGGGGGUGUAUUUCAAGUAUGCUUCUUUGUUUCAGUGUGCGCUGUCUUAUUCUUAUUCCUAACAGGUUCUAGGCUAGAUUGAUCACAUUAACUUCAACUUCAUACAGCGAAUUUUUUAUCACUGUCCAUUAGCACCAUAUGACAUAAGGAGAAAAUGGCAGAGAGAACAAAGUUGGUUUAAAAUGCCAACUAACUAGAAACUUAACAGCUACAAUAAAAUAGAACAGAAUUAUGUACGAAUUAAUGCUUUCUCUCUGUGUGACAGUCAUGUGAGUUCCCAUGGGCAUUAGUACUCUAGCAGUUUUUAAAAUAGUGGUGUUUGGAAGCUUGCAUUAAAAUUACGGCUAUAAGACUGAAGGUUUCUUUUUGCUUCUUUAUGUAACAGAAGCAUAUUGUCUCAGCUAUCAAAUUAGUAUUCUCCUUAUUUAGCAGAAUAAAUACCAUUUUAAGUGUUGCUGUUUCAAAGCAUUCUUGCUAUAAAAUAUUUACUCUGAAAUAAAACAAUGCAUACAUUUUAAAAUUAUUUUAUGAAGCAUUAAUAGA